AUGAGUACACACGAUCUGUUAGCUGAAACACUACCGCUACUACCACCACCACCGCAGCAACAACAACAACCUCGUUCGUCGCUAACGAAUAAUCGACUAAUAACAAUAUCUACCAUUAACAACAUUGAAAUUCCGUCUAUUUUAAUUGAUAAUAUUAUUCAUAUUCGUCUAGUCGAUUUAUCCAAACAUUUAUUGAAUAAUCUUCAAUUAUCAUUGAUUAAACAUUAUGCAAAACAAUGUAAUUGUCUUAUUAUUCAAUGUCAAGAAUUUUUACGUGAUUUUCUUAUACGUAAUAAUCGUCAAGCAUCAACUAGUCGUUCAUGUUUUUGUCUGACAUUUGAUGAUUGUAAAAAAAUUUAUCAAGAAUUAACUCAAUAUUUACCAUCAUUGUUAAAUCCGAUGAAACAACAACAAAAUGAAAUGAUUGUGCAUAAUAAACGAAAACAUUCUCAAACAUCGUGGGUAUUAGAAGCUGUUAAGCCGUUGAAAAAACGACUAAAACAACAACAAGAUAUCGUAUUUCAUUUGAUACAUGAUCACGAUUAUUUAGCUGAACAUAAUAUGCAUCAUUUGAUGAUAAAUAAUAACAUGAAACGGAAAGCUUCAAAAACAAUAUCAAAAUCGAUAUUAUCUGGUAUUGAACAACUGCCUUUGAUAAAGAAAAUAACAACAUUGCCGACUGAAACUAUUCUCGAGAAUACAACUUUUGUUACUGAAGCUGUAUCUUCUCCUCUUACCAUUAUCAGCACAUCUGAUAUUGUUGAAACUAACGAUGAGGACAUCAUCGAAUUAGCAUCACCUCUUGUGACAUCUCCAUUACCAAAAUUACCAUCGAAAAUCGAUAUUAUGUUAUUAAAAUUAAAAGAUUAUUUUCAAUCAUUAGCAACAACAGAAACAACAUUAUUAUCGAAAACAACCACAUCUACUAUGGUUCAAUUUAAUUUAACCGUUAAAAAUCUUCACUUAUUUGAUUCAUAUAAAGCGGACAUGCUUUUAUUUAUGGUUAAUUCUCCUCUAUUGAUUAUUUCACAAACUUAUCUCGAAUAUAUUUUAUUUUAUUUAAAUAAACGUCAGUCUAGUCAAAUAUUACCGUGGAAUAUUGUAGAAUGGUAUCAUUUAGAUACAUGCAAAACUUGA